CAGCGAUCCAGCCCUAGUGAAAUAUCCGUUAAUAUAUGUGUGCUUUAAUAGAGAUGGCCCUGCUCGGUAUUAUAUAUCGGCUAAUAAUAUCGAAUGUGUCGUUUGUCAUUCUGACAAAGGCUGGGCGCCAUGAAACUAGGAGUUUGGCGCCAGUAAAUUAAAUUAAUGAAAUAGGUUUUGUUAAAUAUGGAUUCAUUUCCUAAUUUUGCAUUGACAUUACUAAAAUUGACAAUGACAACAGCCUCGUACUUAUCGAAUUUAUUGUUAUUUUAAGACAAUAAUCCACUAGGAUAAUUGGCUUUGUCAUUUGGGAAAUUGAUAUUUUGUCAGUGUGGUUAAUGUCUUGUUCCAGAAUGAAUACCCUGUGGUUUUUGAUACUUAUUGCCAUGGGACCGAUCGCAAUCCGCGGACACUUUGAGUUCGACAAUAUUCGCUGCUUGGUGCGGGAUCAGAAAUUCAUGGAUUUUGACUACUGCUAUCUAAGAUCUGUGAAUCGCACCUACAAGUACAUGUCGGUGAAAAGCAAAAUGCACCAGCUUCCGAUUACCAACGCCAUGAUCAUUCUGCAGGUAAGGCUGCGGGAGAACAAGAGAAUCCUGUACAACUUCAAUGUCCGCUUCGACGCUUGCAAGUUCUUGCGGGAGCGCAGCAACGUCCUUGUCAACUGGGUUUUCCAAACCUUUGCCGACUACUCGAAUUUCAACCACACCUGUCCUUACUACCAUGAUAUCAUCUUGGAUAAGGUUCCCAUUCAGCAUAUAAACAAGAUCGUCGAGAAGGUCGUACCGGAUGGCCGAUUCUAUCUGAACAGCACCUGGUUUAUUGACGGCAUUCCGCGGUGCGAUUUGGUUAUAUAUUUUACCAAAAGCUAAAUAAACCGGAAUAAG